AAAUCAACUUGCAAAUAUUUGUUGCAAAUGCAUUUGAAUGCGGUUUGUUGAGGUUAAUUUACAAUCUCAAAGUUGUAAACAUUUUUUAGUUAUUUACUUCGCUUUAAAUAAUAGGAGUAUAUAUAUUAAAGUGUACUUUGCAAUAUAAUCUACUUUGAUAAUUUUUAAAAGUAAUAACUUUUAUGGGCUGUAUUUAAAUUGCUAAAAAAAAGCAAGAAUUAUUCAAGAUUAUUGAUAUUCCAUUAUUACAAUCAUUCCAGUAGUAAUAUUGUAUUAUUGAUUAAUAAAUAAUAAAAAAAAUGGAUGAAGUUCAAGAUUCUAAAGAAACAUCAUCGAAUGCUUCAAAAGUAAUUGAAGAUGAUAAAAUGAGUCAUGAAUCAAAAGCUGUUAGUUCAUUAAAUGUUGAAGUCCCGCCAAAUUCCAAUGAUACUAAACAAGUUUUUCUAUUCACUUCAAUGCCUCCAAAAACUUUUCUGAGAGAAGUGCCUAAAAACAAGAGACCUCAUGAUGAUAUUGAAGAGUUUGAUACUGAUGAGGAAGAAGCUAAUGACGAUGUAAAACAACCAAAAAUAGGUGAUGCUGUCUCUGCUGAUUAUUCAAAACAUUUAAGUUACGAAGGAGACUUAUGCAUUUAUACUGAUCCGGAAACUAAAAAACAGUCAAUCUGGGAUGCCGAUAAAAAUGCUUGGAUUUCAAGAGAUGUAGAGAAAAAAGAUGAGUCAAGUAAAGAUGAAGAUCCAAUGAAAAAUUAUGAGUUUGAUGGAAAAAACUAUGUAUAUACUGAUAGUGCAACAAACGUAACAUAUAAAUUUGAUCAAGAGAAAAAUGAAUGGUUAGUUAAAGAGAAAAGUUCUGAUCCUGAUGCAGCAGGUGGAAUCUAUGGAUUUGAAAAUGAUACUCAUACAUAUACUGAUCCUGGUGAUGGAUCCGUAUAUUUUUGGGAUAAAGAGAAGAAUGCAUGGUUUCCAAAGAUUGAUGAUGACUUCAUGGCAAGAUAUCAAAUGAGUUAUGGAUUCACAGAUUCAAACACUGAGGUAAAAACAUCAGCAGCAUCACCUAAUCCAAAAGCUGAUGCUAAGACUGAGAAAGAGAGAAAAAAACUUGAAGCAAGUAAAAAAUCUGCGGAGCCUCCAGCGUGGUUUGAAAUAGAUGAAGCUCACAAUACAGCAAUUUAUAUUUCCGGUCUUCCGUUGGACGUAACUAUGGAUGAACUAGUUGAGCUAGUUGGAAAAUGUGGUCUUGUUGCUCGAGAUGACAAGAAUAAAGAUAAGAUCAAGCUCUACAAAGACUCAGACGGGAAUCCUAAAGGCGAUGCGCUAUGUACUUAUAUCAAGGUGGAAUCUGUUGAGCUUGCUUUGAAAGUUCUAGAUGGUUCGCAACUCCGAGGAAAGACACUUUCAGUUCAACGUGCUAAGUUUCAGCUUAAGGGCCAAUAUGAUCCAGCAUUGAAACCAAAGAGAAGGAAAAAGGAUAAAGAAAGGCAGAAGAAAAUUCAAGAAAAGCUAUUUGAUUGGAGACCAGAACGUUUACCAGGUGAACCUCUUAAGUGCGAGCGAGUCGUCAUUAUCAAAAAUUUGUUCACUCCUGAGGAUUUUGACAAAGAAGUCACUCUUAUUCUGGAGUACCAACAGGAUAUUCGUUCUGAAUGCGCCAAGUGUGGUGACGUCAAGAAGGUUACGAUCUAUGACAGACAUCCUGAAGGUGUUGCCCAAGUUACAUUUAGUAAUCCUGAUGAGGCUCAAGCAUGUAUUCAGCUCCUAAAUGGACGUUGGUUUGGUCAGAGAAAAAUUACCGCCGAAAUAUGGGACGGAAAAACUAAAUACAAAAUUCAUGAAACAGACGCUGAAAUUGAAGCUCGUUUAGACAAAUGGGAUAAAUUUUUGGAAGAACAAGACGAUAAAAAGAAUGAAUCAGCAAAAACAUAAUAUCAAUAAGUCAUAUUAAUUAGUUAUUGAAUUAUGUCUAUUAUUACAAUAUAAUUUCUGUAUAAAAUAUAGAAUAAUUCAUUUUGCUUUUGAGGUUUACUCAACUUUAAUCUUUAUAUCUUUAAAUAAUUGAAACUCUUUUAAAUUCAUACCACGAUCAUUAUAAGUUCUGAAUGUCUCUAUGAAAUAAAAAGGUUGUAGAAAUGGAUAUAAAGUUGAUGUAAAAAAGUUUUGACAAAAAUUGAAGGACGAUUUAGAGCAAGUUGGUGGACUUGAA